AUGAAUAACAUUGUUGUAUUUGCCGGUAGCUCCCAUCCAUCGUUGGUCGAAAAGAUUUGUGAUAAUUUAAGUAUCAGGCCUGCACAGGUUAAGUUAGGAAAGUUUUCAAAUGGGGAAACUUCUAUUAAUAUUGGGGAAUCUGUGAGGGAUAAGGAUGUUUAUGUUAUACAAAGUGGAUGCGGGCAUGUUAACGAUAACUUUAUGGAAUUGCUAAUUCUCAUAAAUGCGUGCAAGACUUCUUCUGCUAACCGUGUUACAGCUGUUAUGCCAUAUUUCUGCUAUUCCAGACAGCCGGACAUACCUUUUACGGCUAAGGGAGCCCCUGUGAUUUCUAAGACAGCGGACAAUGCGAAAUCAAAAUCUGUGCUGACUACUUUAAAGCCAACAUCGCAAAAUUCGCGGAAAUCUAUCGAGAAUGUCAUUGAAAAUAGCAUUUCAACGCUCUCUUUGGAAAAUGGAGUAUCAAAACCUGCGGUUAGCGACGAGAAUGAUUCAGCACCGUUCAACUCGCGGAUACCUGUAAUACCAGAAAAUAAUGAAUCCUCACCAACAGAGGCUGCUGGUUCGGUUUUCAAUUCCAGCAAUUCUGGGUACAAGUUGUGGCUAGCACAAAGUGGUACCUUAGUUGCUAAUUUGUUAACCACCGCGGGAGCGGACCAUGUUAUUACUAUGGACCUACACGAUGCACAGUUUCAAGGCUUCUUCGACAUUGGUGUGGAUAACCUAUACUGUAAGCCUUUGAUGCUUGCUUAUAUUCAACACCACAUACCCGAGUAUAAGAAUGCUGUGAUUGUUUCUCCAGACAGUGGCGGUGCGAAGAGGUCCAGUAAGGUUGCAGAUGCGUUGGGACUUCCGUUUACCUUGAUCCAUAAAGAGAGACGUUCCCAGAUUCUAAAGGGCCCCCCUGAUGCCUCUUUAGCUUCUGGAGGUAGCAUUCCACACAAUUCAAAACCUCUAAUCUUUAAUUUGGAUUGUGACGAGGUGAAGCAUUCUCCAUCAUCAAAGUUUGUGCAAACUACUAUGUUGGUUGGUGACGUCCGUGGCAAGGUAUGUAUAUUGGUGGAUGACUUAGUGGAUACUUCAUAUACGAUCACCAGGGCAUCACUGUUGUUAAAGGAACAGGGCGCUACCAAAGUUUAUGCUGUUAUUACCCACGGUGUCUUCAGUGGGGAUGCAUUGAACAGAGUUGCAAGCUCGGGUAUCGAUAAGAUAGUUGUUACCAACACUGUGCCUCAGGAAGAGACAGUUAAGGUCUUGGGUAAAGACAAAGUAGAUGUCAUUGACGUUUCCAGAGUAUUUGGUGAGGCCAUUAGAAGAAUUCACAAUGGUGAAUCCAUUAGCAUGCUUUUUGAGUAUGUCACUUGA